GUGUGUAUUAUAGUGUAUUUAAACACUAUUAUAAUUAAAAAAAAAUUACUUAUUUAUCUUCCAUUUUCGUUUGACAUUUGCUAAUAUAUAUAUAUAUUUCAAAAUCACAUAUUCUAUUAUAAAAAGCGUCUUACAAAUUUUAUCAUUCCACUAAGAUAUCUAAUUUAAUUUAAAACCAAUCAAUCGACUACACAUUGUGCGACACAUGCAACUAUUGGAAAUGAACUGAACGUAAAUAUACAGAUUAACUGUCGCUAAUAGUUAUGGCAACGGAAUAUAUGUAUCGAUUGACGCAUAUCAUCCAUACGAUACUGUAUGUACACCAUUCAGUCGUUUCUGUAACUUCGUUGAGGAAAGACGAUGGCGGACGACAUUGCUGCGAUUCAGAAGAAGUUUGGCAGUCUGAAUGAGUACAGCAUACAAUUGAACAGAUGGAUCUCGAAAACAAUAGGAGUAUGGCCACUUUCAUCCUCCACGUCGAAAUUCGAAAAGAUAAUGACAAAGAUUCUAAUUUUUCUCUGUUGGAUCAUCACGUUAUUCGUCACCAUACCAAGCUUGUUACAUUUUACUUUUGUGAAAGAGGAUAUCAUUUCAAAAUUAAAAACGCUCGGCCCUAUAGGCUACUGCUUUGGCGGAGGACUCAAUUAUGCCGUUUUGUUACUCCGUAAAAAUGAUAUACGCUAUUGUAUAGAACAUAUGGAAGUUGAUUGGAAGGCAAUUACGAGGACAGACGAUCAGCAAAUAAUGCUUAAAAACGCAAAAAUUGGUCGCAUCAUUUCCUGUUGUUUCGCGAGUUUUAUGCAAAUUAGUACUAUUACUUUCUGCACCGUAUUUGGAAUUUUCAAACGGACAAUUAAAAUCAGCAACGAAAGCAUGGAAAUAUACGUCUUACCCUUUCCAACUUAUAAAAUUCCGGUUGAUACCAAUCCAGGGCACGACAUCGUCCUUGGUUUUCAAUUUCUGGCAGCAUACAUUGCAACAGGUACCGUUAUUACAGCUUUCAGCUUUGCUACAGUGUUUGCAUGCCAUGCUGUUGGUCAGCUAACUAUAAUGGUUACGUGGAUCGAAGAAUUUGUAAAUCGACCACAAGAAGAAAAUAAAAAUAUACGCGUUGAUGAAAUAAGUGUAAUCAUUGAACAUCAUUUGAGAAUUCUAAGUUUCCUAGAACGUACUGAACAUCUAUUGAGUCCAAUAUGCUUCAUGGAAAUGUUCAAGAAUAUUUUGAGUAUAUGCAUGCUUAGCUAUUGCAUUUUUGCGGAAUGGUCUGGACAUGAUAUUAAGGUCCUCAGUGCAUAUGCUUCUGCAGUAAUGAAUAUAACUUUAGGAACAUUUUUAAUAUGCUAUGUUGGUGAAAUAUUAACUGAAAAGUGUAAGGAAAUUGGUAAUAUCGUCUACAUGACAAAUUGGUAUCGAUUGCCUAAAAAAGAUAUUUUUAAUCUAAUAAUGAUUAUUACACGAUGUAGCAUAGAAUACAAAAUGACUGCUGGAAAGAUAAUUGAUAUGUCAGUGAUUACGUUUGGUAAUAUGGUAAAAACUAUUUUUGCGUAUUUAAAUAUAUUACGCCAAAUGACAAUAUUGUAAAGUGCACAUGUAUUAAGCAUAUAA